AUGGUUACGGCUACAAUCAGGUCAGGUACUAUAAACUUAUUGAACACAAUUAUAGGUGCAGGUAUUCUAGCCAUGCCCUACGGGUUGAAGUCUAACGGCUUGCUCUUUGGAUGUUUAUUAAUUGUGUGGUCUGCCUUAACUUCUUCAUUCGGGUUAUAUCUACAAAAUAAAGUAGCUAAAUAUACAUCUCAAAGAGGAGUUGUAUCUUAUUUUAGCUUGGCACAAUUAACUUAUCCUAACUUGUCAAUUGUGUUUGAUUCAGCGAUUUCAAUAAAGUGUUUUGGUGUUGGCGUCAGCUAUUUAGUUGUUAUUGGAGAUCUUAUGCCGAAGAUUAUGGAAAGUCUAGAAGUAGAUCCAUCAAGCGUAUUUAUGGCAAGAAACUUUUGGAUAUCAAUAUUCAUGAUUUUGUUAAUCAUUCCGUUGUCCUAUUUGAAAAAGCUAGACUCUUUGAAAUAUACUUCUGUUAUUGCACUAUUCUCAGUUGCCUAUUUAAUAAUACUAGUCGUGGGUCACUAUAUCGUUAAUGAUGUGCCUCAAGAUAAACAUAUAGAUUUGAUCGGACCAGUUUCAAUUAAGUCAACGUUGUCAUCUUUUCCAAUAUUUGUGUUCGCUUACACCUGCCAUCAAAAUAUGUUUGCUAUUAUCAAUGAACUACAAUCUAGUGAUAAGGAUGGCUCUCAAACGAGACAAGCAAAUAUAAUUAUCAGUCGUGCUAUAUGUACAGCUCUUGUUUCAUAUUUAAUUGUUGGUGUAAUUGGUUAUUUGAGCUUCGGAACAACUGUAAAUGGUAACAUAAUCUCCAUGUAUUCUAAGGAUUCUACACUGUCGCUUAUUGGGAGAUUGUGCAUUGUAAUUAUGGUAAGUUUAUCCUACCCACUACAAUGUCAUCCAUGUAGAGGUUCGAUCAAUCAUGUUAUUCAUUUUCUUAAGAAUGGGGUUAAUACUAGCAAAUCACGAACUUUAAACGGUUACACAUCUUUGAGUUCUGAUGCAGAGUCUAUCGGUGCCGAGGAUUUACCACAUGAUGAAUCGUUUGUUUCAACAACUCCGAUGGAGGGAGCACCAGACACUGAGGGUCAUGAUCCUAUAAUUGUACCUUUAAGCUCAAAAAAAUUUUACAUCAUAACCACAUGCAUAAACGUACUUUCAUUUAUUGUUGCAAUUUCUGUUACUUCUUUAGAGCAUGUAUUGGCCUUUGUUGGAUCGACAGGAUCGACUUCAAUUUCGUUCAUACUCCCAGGAUUGUUCGGCUACCUAUUAAUUAAGCCUUUGAAUGGAAGCAGUUCGUUGAACAGGCUUGAGACUUUUUCUAAAUAUGGUGGAUUAAUGUUAGCCAUUUGGGGUUUAGUCGUUAUGUUUAUAUGUCUAGGUGCAACUAUCUUUUUUGGGGCCAAACAUUAA